GAUUCGAUUCCGGAAAGGCAUAUGGUUCCUCGCGAUUAAACAUGCUCACAGGGCCCGCUAUCUGAGCGUGCGAGAAGGCUGUGCUGGUUUCGGGAAGAUUAUCGGUUUCAAUGUUUUAUAAAUAAACAUACAUCCCCUUCUAAACAAACAUGCCUCGGAAGUGAGAGCUGGGCGGUUGGAAACAAGAUGAGUGCAGGCGACUGUGGCCUACCGACUCGGGCUUCUAUCGGCCUAUCAUAAAAAGCCCUGCCGAAGAGGGGCCGCCUGUUCCGGUGACAUUUUUACUAUCUGCCCUUCAUCUCGGCCGGCCCCAAUGACAAAGGAGCUUGAGCGAGAGCAUGGAGGCAAGAUGCCGGGGUCGGCUGACUGCAACGGCCAUACUCAGUGUACCGAAGAUGUGGAGGUGGACGAGGUGGACAAGCUGAAGGCCAAGUUGAUCUCCGUGUGGAACAAUGUGAAACACGGAUGGGUUGUAAAAACGAAGACCAGCUUCAAUCGACAUUCCGCCAUCUGUCUGCUUAGCAAGAAGUACAACUGCAUCUCAAAAGAUGGCACCAGGAAGCCGGCGGGCGGCGCGCAGCCGGAGCAGGUCUCGGUGACACCGAGUUGGAACGUCGACGGCGAUGGCGAGAGACGCGGUGGGACGACGCCCCCCGCGGCAUGCGCCGACUUCACAGCGUUCAGGCGGGACUUUGCGACACGCGUCUGGAUCACGUACCGGCGAGAGUUUGCCCCGCUGGAGGGCUCCAGCCUGACCACGGACACGGGCUGGGGCUGCAUGCUGCGCAGCGGGCAGAUGCUGUUGGCGCAGGGGCUCAUGCUGCACCUGCUUGGCCGAGACUGGCAGUGCAGCGAGGCCGUACGUCUCUUGGAGUCGGAGAACGAGUCGCAGAAAAAGACGCAGUCUCCAGGAGAUUCUGACUUUCUGGUGGUGGCAGCGGAGCACGCGGGCAGUCACGUCUACUCGCAGCCUGCAAGUGUUCUCCUUUCGUCCGAUGACCAAAAGGCCAUCUUGGCAGAGGUUGCUGUCCACCGGAAUAUCAUCCGCUGGUUUGCAGACACGCCAGACGCUCCGUUCGGCAUCCACAACCUCGUGCGUCUCAGCAGGAGUUCGAGGAAGCGAGCGGGCGACUGGUAUGGACCGGCCGUCACGGCCCACAUCCUCAAAAAGGCUAUUGCAGAAGUUGAAGAUAAGCUUCUGCACAAUACAGUAAUGUACGUGGCGCAGGACUGCACAGUGUACAAGGGCGAUAUUAUGGACCUGUGUCGGGAGGAAGCCAGCGACGUAGCAGUCGGCCAGAGCCACGCUACCCACCCGAUGGGGCCCGGAUGGGACGGUGAACUAAUCGUGGGGGGAAAUCCCAGCCCGGCCAGCAACUCGGAGCAAGGCAGCGGUUGGAGGUCCGUGUUCAUCCUCAUUCCUGUGCGUCUCGGCGGAGAACACUUCAACCCGGUGUACAUCGCUUGCGUGAAGGGCAUGCUCGAGAUGGACAGCUGCAUUGGAAUCAUCGGAGGCAAACCAAAGCACUCCCUCUACUUUGUUGGCUACCAAGAUGAUGACCUCAUUUACCUGGAUCCACAUUAUUGCCAGCCAAUGGUGGACCUCACACAGCCAGAUUUUACAGUUGAUUCAUAUCACUGCUGUCCACCGCGAAAAACAGCGUUCACCAAAAUGGACCCAAGUUGCACUCUGGGAUUUUACUGUCGGACCAAAGAAGACUUCAGUGCAUUCUGUUGCACUGUGACGCAGGUACUCGCAACGCCGUCGCAAACGAGCGACGCGCAUUCCGGCAGGACAGGCGGCGCGCAUUCCGGAAGGACGCCGCAGCAGGAGAGCUACCCGGUGUUCAGCUUCGUCGAGGGGCACAGCAGGGACUACGUGGAGGAUGAGCCACGCCCGGAGCGGCGCGUCAGACUGCUCCACAUUUCGUCCAAGAGCGGGAGUUUCGUCAAGCACAGCUCCUCCGAGGACUUUGUUCUGCUGUGACCCACGGUGGCGUUUGCAAUUGGGGUCAUCGCAAGCGUCGCCGCCCCAAGUGUCGUCGUCCUCUGCCCAAGAGGUCUAGCGGACUGUGUAGCACUUACCUCCACUUCGCUCUGUGCCGACGUUGGUCUCGCCGAGUUGUUUAAUCUGCAUUUCCGUCUGUUUGCUAAUGUCAUCUGUCCGUUGUCUACCUUGCGAUCUCUGACCAGGUAUACAUCCUUAUCGCCUUGAUUAGACAACCUCCAAGUUUGUGGGUGUUGUCGUGAAAUCAUAGUUUGUGUCUUUAUCAUUGGUGACAAGUUCCCUCUUCACUCCGAGCGUCAUCAACACCCAUCCGUUUGUUUCGUGUCGCUUCCCAAGCAGUCCCUGUUUUUAUAGCCUCGGUUUUUCGUGUAAGUGUUUUUACCAAGUGCGUAUUUCAUAAGGGUGCACUAAUAACAUCUCAGAGACUCGCUUGGUGUUUGCACUGCAGGGAAACUAUGUACUGCAUUGCGACGCUUUCUUCAAAAUUAUAUUGAUACGGAUUUGGCAAAACGAGCUUGCGUCAAAGAGUUGUCGAAGUUUUUAUUUUUUAAUCUGUUAAUGCCUGUAACCGGUCAACGACCACGGAUGGAGUUAAGGAACUUCCCCUCUCCCAAUGAAUUAUCGCAGCUGAAUAAUUGUUUGUGCGAGCCAUCGCGGGCGGUGAUGUGUCCGCGAUGAAUGGAUUACAAAGCCGUGGGCAUUCCGAGUCAGGCCACGCAUUGAGAGAAUGUCUUCUCUCAAGCUACUGCGGUCACGUGUUGUUUCACGGAGUUCAAUUCCGGAGACGAAUCCAUCAACACGUGGCCCCCCAACGCCGGAAGACCGCAUUUCGAUUCAAGGGAAGAGAGGCUGCAAAACCUACCUACGCGUGACAUUGUUAGUGGGCUUUGUUGUACAGCAAGCAGAACGAAAUGACGCCCUCGAUUGUGAGGUAUUUUUUUUAUUGUCGAGACCAGUUCCUCAUUUGUUUUUUCAAGAUGUGGUGUUAACAAUUCACUACACGGCAAGUGUGUGUGUAUAUUAAGUGCGUACGUAGGUUCAACGUUUGGUAUGCAUACACACGCACUCAAAGCGCCUUUGUUUGAUGAUGUGUAAAGUUUUACUGUGAACUUUUGGGGCAAUAGUGACGCAAUCUACUGUACAAACGAAACGUUGCCAACUAUGCAGAAAUUUAAGCCGACAUUUAUUUGCUGAUGCUGCUGUGUUAAAAUAUCUGAGUGAUGUAUAAAGUGUACUGAUCCACGACUUCCUAUACGACUUCCACGUUCAAUAUGACAUUGUUUUGCACUGCAUUUAGAGUAUAUAUUGGGGAGAUUGGCUGAUGAAUGUUCUCGGUGUUAUGCCCAAUGGAUUGCCAUAGGUUAAGGAACGUUUUAGUUGUAAUGUCAUUACGUUGCUUUGAUGUCAAAUUACUUCUAGUAGUUCCACUUUUAAAGCACUUUUAGCAGUUUAGACAACGUAUAAUAAUAUAAUGUACUAUCAAUUGAACCCUAGUACACACCACAUUCCAAUUGUAGGGAACAUUUAAUAUUGAUAACUGAUAACAGCCCUUUGUUUUACUGCUGCAAGAACGCCAUUCCAUGGGUUGUUUGACCAUACUUCACCAUGCUGGUCAGUGUGGGUUUAUUUACGCGAGGUGAGAUGGGGAAGGUUUUUGCGAGGACCUGUUCAAGUACUCUCAAUAUUGACGUGGGCAGAGGCCAGGACACGAACUUUCCGGGUUCAUGCCAAAACCGCUGUGCCACCAAUCCGCCCUGGCUUGAUGAUAAAUAAAUUCCAAGUUGCGCUGUGUGAAUGUAGUACAUUUUUUGUGAUAUAUUAUUAGCUGGGCGGUGGUGGUGGCAGCAGCUACUAGCGCCUGUUACCCAGCACUGGAGACGAACUCGUUGGUGUAUCACAACAUGUUUUACACAACUCCCUUUCCCAUGGGAAGGUGCCAUAACCCUGACUCGCCAGGAGAAGACGGUAUGACACAAGUGGAGCCCACGUGUUCCGUCCGUAUGGGACGGUGUGUUUCCACCUCGCACGCGGGUGUUAUUUCGAGGCGCUCAGGUUUCCUCCCGCAAAAAGACUGAUUCGUUGGCUGAUAACGCCUGCAUAGUUAAGAGGACCGCAGGGCUUGAACUUGGCACUGGCUCACCGCGUUGCUGCCUUCCCCGCCUGUCCGCAAUGUUCGUCUGCCACAUGUACGCGUAUUGUGUGUGUGGGUGGGUGUAUGUGGGUGUAUGUGGGAGCGGUAGUGUAGCGAUUAGCGCUAUGAACCCGGCGACCCGAGUUCGAUUCCCGCUCACGGCCAGCACCAGUGACGAUUAUCUGAACCGGUUCUGGGCCUCCCCUAGGUCUAAUCAGCCUCAAAUGAGUACCUGGUGCAGUGUGUAAACAUCGCCACUGGGGAGACAAAGGCGGUCGGGCGUGGUGUUGGCCACCCACUCCCUCGUGUACAGUUCUGGCCUUCAUAGGUGCUCGCUAACAGCACUUGCCCCUACAGUCUGCUAAGGCUAUACGGGGGAUCUUUCUCUGUGUGUCGUGAUUUCUUUUUGCUGAUUUCUUGCCAGAGAGGUUUUUUUAACCUCAAGUUUUUUUUACCUGGUUAAAUAAAGGUGAAAUGAAUAUCGAGGAUUUGGUCUGUACCAGGUUUUGUUGACACGUUGGGUUGCAUUGAAGUGGUAAUAUAUAAUUUUUUGCUAAAAUUUAUGGGGAUUGCCAUUAUAGCAUUGGAUCGGUUGUGGUCAUUUUAUAAUGUGUAUUUCUCUUAUCAAUAAUAACUAUUUGAAGCCGGCAACGGCAGCACGUCUAAUUAUUGUGGGUUUAGGUUGUGUGACUCCGAGGCCUUGACGAUGCCUUUCCAGGUCAUGGUGUUUUAUUGUGCUGGUUUUUGUUCAUCUCUUGUUAGUGUUUUUUGCAAUUUACAAAUAAAUCGUGGGGAACAUUU